GCUGCUCGAGCGACACUCAUUGAACUCAGUGUUUGAAAGACUGUGAUUCCGCUCCGAGAAAUGGCAGAAACCGCUCCAGCAGCCGCCGCUCCGCCGGCCAAAGCGCCCAAGAAGAAGUCCGCCGCCAAAGCCAAGAAAGCAGGUCCCGGCGUCAGUGAGCUGAUCCUCAAAGCCGUGUCCGCGUCCAAGGAGAGGAGCGGAGUGUCCCUCGCCGCCCUGAAGAAAGCUCUCGCCGCCGGCGGAUACGACGUGGAGAAGAACAACUCCCGCGUCAAGCUCGCCCUCAAGAGCCUGGUGACUAAAGGCGCCCUGCUGCAGGUCAAAGGGACCGGCGCCUCCGGCUCCUUCAAGAUCAGCAAGAAGCAGACCGAGACCAAGAAGAAAGCGGCUCCUAAAGCCAAGAAGCCCGCGGCCAAGAAACCCGCUGUUGCCAAGAAGCCCAAGAGCGCAGCUGCAAAGAAGCCCGCCGCUAAGAAAUCCCCCAAGAAGGCCAAGAAACCCGCCGCCGCUAAGAAGGCCACAAAGAGCCCCAAGAAGGCGACGAAGAGCCCCAAGAAAGCGAAGAAGCCCGCGGCGCCCAAAAAAGCAGCCAAGAGCCCCAAAAAGGCCAAGACCGCCAAACCCAAGACGGCAAAGCCUAAAGCUGCCAAGCCUAAAAAGGCAGCUCCCAAGAAGAAAUAAAUCUCUUCUGUUUUCUUCCCCAACGGCUCUUUUCAGAGCCACCCACAAACUCUGAAGAAAGAGCAAAAAGAAAGGCCUGCACUAGCCUUUCAAAAAAUUGUGUAUACUUGUCUGUUUUUUUAAUACUUAUUUUACAAUAUAACAAUACCAAUAGGCCCUUUUAACACUAGCUGGCUCUGAUUAUUAUUAUUUUUUUUCUUAGCGUUAAAAUAAAAAUGUAAAAUAAAUAAAUUACCUUUCUAUAUGUACUGUGUUAAGAUAACUGAGACGUAUGUCAUUCCUCUUUUGAUGAUUUUGAUUGCUUCCAUUCUCUUCUUUUGUAAGUCAAAUUGGAUAAAAGCAUCUGCUAAAUGCAAAUGUAAGUAAUUAUUAUAAGACUGCAUCUGAGUCUACAUGACUGGAAAUGU